AUGGCUUUACCAUCCAAGGGGGGAUCGGAUGUAGGUAGCCACGGGUUGGCUAAGGGCGGAACCUCCAAGCCGCGCAAGAAGGGUAAGGGAGCCGCUAAGAAACGAGAGGGCGCGGCUGACAACAAUAAGGCGGCUGCGAGCUGUUUCGACACCGAGAUCCUUGGCAAGAGUCAAGCCGGGGACCCUAUCUGUGUCACAAAUGUGUUGACACCUACCUUGCAGGAUGGCGCUGCUGACGGCGACGAUACACACGAGGAGCGCGUCGAGGACAACCGGGCAGAGGCUUUCGCCAUGGGAGACGGUGUGGAUGAAGAAGGCAACGAUGGCGGGGAGGGCGACGAAGGCGAGGGAGGCGAGGACGGCGACGAAGGGGAGGACGGCGACGAAGGGGAGGACGGCGACGAAGGGGAAGACGGCGACGAAGGGGAGGACGGCGACGAAGGGGAGGACGGCGACGAAGGGGAGGAUGGCGACGAAGGAGAGGACGGCGACGAAGGGGAGGACGGCGACGAAGGGGAGGACGGCGACGAAGGGGAGGACGAGGACGAGGGGGACGAAGGGAACGAAGGGGACGACGAGAACGAGGGGGAAGAGGAGGACAAAGGGGAUGAGGGGGAGGAGGGGGACGAGGGGGACGAGGGGGACGAGGGGGACGAGUGGGACGAGGGGGACGAGGGGGACGAUGGGGACGAGGGAGACGAAGAUGAAGAAAUGGUAAACCAGGCUGUGGAGGAAGCGGCCGGGGAAGAAGAAGAUCAAUGCACAGAAUCGGUUGCUAGUGCAUACGCUGUGAGAGGGAUGCGGAAGCGCCGUGCUCAGGAAGUUAGUCGCGGGACGACCGUGGACGAGGAUGUAGAAGCUGCGCACGCGGUGAAAAAGGGGAAGUUUAAGCCGUUGUUCGGAUUGGGACCUGUCGAUACCGAGCACGAAGCGCAGCACGAGGUAAAAGAGCCCGCUCCCAACGCACGGAAGGGCGUGGUUGCUGCUGGCCGAGCUCGGACUGUCAACAAUGGCCGUCCUUUGCAGCCAACGAAAAAACGAAAGGCCAAGGGGGGCGGGGAGAACCCUGCUACACUCAAGAAAAUGAAAGUCUCUCUCCAUCUCUCACUCCGUCUCUCCCUCUCCCUCCCUCACUCCCGUCUCUCCAUCUCCAUGUCACUCCCGUCUCACCAUCUCUCUCACCCCGUCUCUCCCUCUCCCUCCCUCACUCCCCUUCUCUCCAUCUCCAUGUCACUCCCGUCUCUCCAUCUCUCACUCCGUCUCUCCCUCUCCCUCCCUCUCUCCCGUCUCUCCAUCUCCAUGUCACACCCGUCUCUCCAUCUCUCUCACUGCCGUCUCUCCCUCACCCUCUCUUACUCCCCCUCUCCCCCUCCCACACUCCCUCCCGUCUCUCCAUCUCUCACCCCGUCUCUCCCUCUCCCUCCCUCACUCCCCUUCUCUCUAUCUCCAUGUCACUCCCGUCUCUCUAUCUCUCACUCCGUCUCUCCCUCUCCCUCUCUCACUCCCGUCUCUCCAUCUCCAUGUCACACCCGUCUCUCCAUCUCUCUCACUGCCGUCUCUCCCUCUCCCUCUCUUACUCCCCCUCUCCCCCUUUCACGCUCCCUCCCGUCUCUCCCUCUCCCCAUGUCACUCCCGUACCCAUUGUGUGUUCACGCGUAUAGCGGUACUCAACACGGGUAUAGGUCCACCAUGCGCGGUCGAUCAUUUUCAACUGACCCCGGGGGGGAAGAAGGUGGUGCAGAUCGGCAAACCACGCUCCGAGAAUGGUGCACGCCAGCAACUGUCAACGCCAACCAAGCUAAACGGUGGGGGAGGGUCGCCGAUGCCUAG